ACCACUCUCCCCCAUUCGAUUGGUCCGCUGCUUCCGUCAAUCACUACCACCCCCCACUUCGGACGUUUGGCAUUGUGAGGUGGAGCAUGUGCAGUGGGGAUACGAAGCCGGUGUCAGGAGGUCGUGUGAAAAUUCGCAGCGGGACAGAAACUGUCGGGUGACUGAGAGGGAUGGAUCCGGCUAGUGGUUUUGAUAGGAGAGCUUCACAACACCUGGUAAGGGGAGGAUUUGCACGUGGGAAACUGAAACCAAACAUCACAUCAGAGUCACUCAAUUCAUCAGGACCUGAAGAUUAUUGGCCUUCGAACAUGGAAGCAAAAAGCACCGUUCAGACUGGGGCAAAACAAUGUAAAUGCGAGGACUGUGAGAAGAGAUUCAAUUACCCAUCUGAGCUGGAAAUUCAUCGGCGCAGUCACACUGGGGAGAGACCUUUCACCUGCUCCAUGUGUGGGAAGGGAUUCACUAAUUUCUCUUCCCUGCAGAAACACCAGCUGGCUCACGCUGACGAGAGACCUUUUAAAUGCGCUGACUGUGGAAAGAGUUUUAAAAGCCUAAAUGUACUAAGGAUGCACCAGUGCAUUCACACUGGGGGCAGGCCAUUCAGUUGCUCACAGUGUGGGAAGAGGUUCAGGGUAUCAUCUGAGCUGUUGAUGCACCAGUGAGUUCAUACUGACAAGAGACCUUUCAAAUGUGCAGACUGUGAGAAAUGCUAUAAAAGGUCAGAGGAACUGUGGCACCAUCAACGUGUUCACACUGAUGAGAGACCAUUCAGAUGUUCUCAAUGUGGGACUGGGUUCAGGCGAUCAGCUGAUCUUAUUCGACACCAGCGCAUUCACAUUGGGGAGAAGCCUUUCACCUGCUCUGAAUGUGGGAAGGGAUUCACUCAGUUAUCCCAUCGGCUAAGGUACCAUCGAGUUCACACUGAAGAGACCUUUUAAAUGUCCGGACUGUAGGAAGUGCUUUAAAAGUCCUGAGGAACUGCGGUCUAUCAACGUGUUCAUACUGACAAGAGACCAUUCGGAUGCUCUCACUGUGGGACUGGGUUCAAGCAACCAGGUGACCUCACUGUACACCAGCGCACUCAGACUGGGGAGAGGCCGUUCAUCUGCUCUGAGUGUGAGAAGGGAUUCACUUGUUUAUCCAACCUUAUGAGACAUUGGCAAGUUCAUUAAUGACAGCAGGGGUUAGAUUCUGCUGUUAUUGCUGCUGUUAAUCAAGUCCAUGACUUAUUGUGUUUAUUCUGAUAGCUGGGAUUUAUUCCUGAGGUCAUUUACCCUUCCUGUUAGACUUAGCCUGUACCCCAUACCAUCUCUCAUCCAUGCAUGAAUAGACUAUGAUGUCUUCAAGCCUCUUUUAAAAUUUAAAUCCAUUCAUAAACUGUAU